GCUCGCUGGCACAUUUCCGCAGUGUUUUGCAGCAGACGUUUGACGUAUGCGGCUCAUUUGAGAAGAGUCAAAGGAAUAGCCUGCCAAAUGUUGUACCUAUCAUAAAUGAAUGAGCCACAGGGUUAGAUCUCGAAACUUCAGUAGCGAUGUGGCCAAGUUGUCAAGAGGGGAGUCUAAGUAUGGACGCUUUGAAUCUUGGAUCUUUUCCGCCUGUCCAGAAAUGUUAAUUGAUUGUUCUGAAAGAAUUUACAAAUCUAUUAAUAGUUGAAUUCACAUCCAACUUUAAAGUAGCUUUUAUCGUCAAGUUGGACGAUGUCUUUGUCCUAAAUUGAUCGCAUUUAGCGUGCCCUCCCCUGCCUCCGCCGGACGCUCGGGGCCAGUUCAAUCUCUUCACAGCGUCACCACCAGAAUAUCGCGCAUCAACCACCAGCACCCCUAUACUCACCGAAACAAUCUUGAAUCAUUUAUAUAUCGUGGCAAAGUCGUAUCCACACUAAAUAUGAAGCUUUGCACUUCUCUGAACCCUUGCUAUCAAAUGUCAGCUGUCGGCGAAGUUGUCCUGUGAUGAGACGCACAGGACUCUCAAACGCACGCCUUCAAACACGGGAACAUACGCACCUAAUGCUUCGAUGGAUGUUCUACUAUUAUUCUACGGCUACGACAAAGCGGCAGUGCAGCGUCUCAUGAUUUGAAGCUUUCAAUCCUGCCAGGCAGCUUUGUCGCCAGAUUUUGACGUUCGCGAUGCCUUGCCGGUGCUCAGCCCCCAUCCAGGCAGACCGAGGCUGAGAACCACCACCCAUAAUCAUCCUGCUGAAAUUUAGGGUUGCGGCCAUAUGCUGUGCUCUCGGUAAGGACUGCAGGUGUGCUGUUCUAGUGCAUCCUUAUCCGCUGGCUGGCUGCUUAUUGCCAUGAGGCUGCCGUUUGUUGUCGGCUUGUAUUGAGGAUGCGUUGAGUUUAGUACUACUUGACCUCAGUGGCUAUGGGGCUAGGGCGUCUCUGAAAGACUGAUUUACGGCUUUUACCAUUGAGGAUGUAGGAUCAAAGCUUUGGAUUGGCUGGCAGUGCCCGCUUGCUCUUUUAUAUCAAUGAGCUUCCUCGAAAGUCACUCUGUUUGUUACUGAAUCUCAUCUGUGUUUCGACAUUCGACGGCAUUUUGAGUCAUACUACUAGUAGCCGAUUAUCCAAGAUGAUGACUGCGACAAGAAUGCCAGGGAACUGGCCGAUUGAAAAUCGACAGGAGGUUUCAGUGCGCGGCGGUCUUCGACUGAAUACCGAUUUCUCACAGGGGUUACUCCAAGUCCCGACUAUGGCAUCUGCUUCUCCCUCAUCAAGCAAUAGUCGCGAUGAGCUAUUCUUCGAGUGUCGACCCAUCGCAGCGAGUACCGACUCGAGCGAGGAGGCAUUGGCUUCAUAUCUUGCGUUUGAGCCUGUGGUUGAGAGCGUUGCGAACGAUGAGCACAUAGACUGGCGAAGAUACGAGCCACCGAGAGAGUUGCUGGAGUCUCAAGAAGGAACAUCUCCAACCCUUCGGGAUUUACUUCCAGUAUCGAUUGAGAGAUUACGAGCAAGACAUGAGGAAGAGGAGGAGAGACGGGCAGCAUCAGCACGACGAGAACGACCUAUUGCAAGAGUGGGAAGAGCUUCAGUGAAGCCACGGCGAGAUCGAGAGAGUCUAAACAGUAGUCAGUCCCUUGAUCCAGGAUUCCUGAGCGCUGAACCAUCUCGACUAAGUGGCGCCAGCGCGACGUCUAUCUCGUCGACCGACUCAGGUUAUACGUCUAUGGUGAUCGAGCCUGAUCCUCGUCCAGAGCCUAUUGCUCGUCUAAAAAGAGCUUCCAAGAAGCCAUUCGGGCUGGCUUCUUUGUUUCGCCGGACAUUCGACUUUGAUGGUCUCAGUGAAAGCAGUGCUCCAUCUCCACCAGACACUACACAAAUACCAGAGCCGACCAGGCCGGCCCCCACUGUGCAGCCACCACCACUCGAAUGUGUUUCAUGCUUGGAUGACUUUGAUGCGUCCCAUAUGAUUACGUUGAGCUGUCACAGUUACUGCACUGAAUGUUUUCAACGACUCGUUAGCACCGCCUUGGAGUCAGAGACACACUGGCCUGCCAAAUGCUGCCUGAACCCCAUACCUUCCGAAAACAUCUUCCCCCAUCUCGACAGCGCCACCAAAACAAAAUAUCAACAGCGUGACGCAGAAUGGUCAAUACCUACCAGCGACCGAGUCUACUGUACUCACACCAAUUGUGGGACUUGGAUCCCACCAAAACAAGUCAACGCCGGCGCCGCCCGCAACUUCGCCAAAUGUCCCAAAUGCUCAAAGAGAACCUGCACACUCUGCAGAGGUCCCUACCAUAAUGGAAACGACUGUCCACAAGAUCCCGCACUCCAAGCCACUGCCAACCUAGCUGAGAUGGAAGGCUGGAAACGAUGCUACAGCUGUCACGCCUACGUCGAGCACAACAAAGGCUGCAGACACAUGACUUGUCGCUGCAAAGCUCAAUUCUGCUAUAUCUGCGGCGAAAGGUGGAAGACCUGCUCUUGCACUGACGAGCAGCUCCAUACUAUCCAAGCUCAAGUGGCUAGUAGACGCGAGGAAGCAGCUGCACAGACUCAACGCUCGGCUGCAGAGAACGCGAGACGUGCUGCGGAGGAGGAGGAACUCCGCCAGAUCUUACAAGAAAUUGAUGAUUUUGAGCGAGCGGAAGAGGAGCGUCUGGCUGCUGAGUUGGAAGCUGCUAGAAUUAGAGAGGAGGCGGAAGAGCGGCUAAGAGCUGAAGAGAGGAGGAGAGCGGAAGAUGAGAGGCUCGCGGUUGUGAAUCGCAGAUUUCGACAGUUGGGCGUUGAGCUUGAGAUCUUGACUGAUGUUCAGCGCGUUCUCAUGGCCGAACGCUAUGAGUUCGAAGUCGAAGUCUUGAAGAAAGAAAAGCAAGACGCGCUUGAUACACUGUCAAUCAGACACCCCGCCGAGAUGAACACCCUCGCCAUGGAAUCACAGCGCAGAAUCGCCGAAUCUGAAUCCAAAUUCGAGCAAGAAUAUCAGCUCCGACUUGAUGAGGAACGCCGCAUCGAAGACGACUACGUCACUCAACUCCGAGCCUUCUACAGCGGGAAACCAGAAGCCGAGUACCGCGUUCGGGAAGCUAGAGAUGAAUUAAGGGAGAAUCAGGCAAAGGAGUAUAGGUUCUGGGAUGCGUAUAGGAGGAAGCAGUUGGUGGCUGUGAGGGAGGGGGAGAGUAGAAAGGUGGAGGCGUUGAGGGUCAAGCAGGAGAGUGAGAGGAGGGCUGUUGAGGGGAGAGCGAGUAUUGAUAGGGUGGAGUGGCAGAGGAGGGUUUGGGCUGAGGGCCAGUGGGUCGAUGCUGUUACUGCUGAGAGGGGUGCUAUGUUGAUGGCGAUGGAGCAGGAGGAUUAUGCGGGUGGUUCAUGAGUGAGCUGUGUUCGCCAUUCGAUUCUUAUGCUCCAGAUUCCGAGUUGAGUAGUUUACGUGGAUGAUUUCGAGAAUAGACUGUACGAUAAUGGUUCGGCCUUGCUUCCUUCCUUACCAACAAGCACGAUUGCUAAUAUUCAACCUCUCCUCUCUUCCCACCACACCACACCAUAUCCAUACGACACGGCAUCAGUCUACCGAAUUUCAACCUCAUUAACACAGGGCUGGUAUACCUCACCUACUCACGACCUCAAAAUCCUCUUCUCUCAGCCGAGCAAUUGACUCGAAAGAACAGCUCACCUCACACACACGCUCACUCACAACAUCAAUCAAGCACCUCACCUCAUCAUGCACCCACCCACCAUUCGCUCCCGAAUGCAACCACGGACCCAAACCCAACGGACGUAUACUCCCCAUCUAGACAUCCGCAGAACCUGACCUACAACCCAACCCUCCCUCCUCGAAUGGCAAGAAAAGGUCGUGGUAGUAGCGGCGUGCGUACAAUACAGGCUAAAUCGCCAAAAAAAAAUCCACGUGUGCAUCCAUCUCGGCAAUCAGUGCUAGGUAGGUUCCGGAGGGCUGAGUUGCAUAUUCGUAAACCUUUGGAGAAAGAUUGAUAGGGGUAAUUUGGGUAAUCUGGUUUUUGUGUAACUGCGGUGUAAGGUGAGGUAUGAGUGUUUGUGGGGCAUUAGCCGGGACUUGGGAACAGGGAGAUAAGAGUUGAGUGUCAGGUCAGAGGGGAGAAGUGGAGCGAAAAUUGUGACAGUUUGGUAGGAAAUAAGCUUAGACUUGGAUUUUGAAUUUUGGAUUAGCUGUUUUGGUGAUGUGGAUGCUCAUGGCUUUUGGGGGAUUGGUUAUCAACGAGGUGCAAAAUGAUGAAACGCGAGGGAGCAAGUUAUUCGGUCAGCCAGCGAACUAUCCUAUCCUCGGAAAUGGAGCCCAACGACCCGGGGGCUUGCAGUUCUGGCUGCCAGGUUUACUGAUUUGAUUUUCUUUCUGGAGCGUUACAUGAUAGGAUCUGUGCUGGCUCAUUGUGGUAAUGGCUAGUUAUGGGUGUAUGGUGUGAUGGCUUGAAUAAGGGUGAGAUAGGAUAAAGACCACAGAAAUCCUUUUUCAAAUCAUGACAUUAUCUCCUUUCUCUUCUUUUUGGGGUCAUAUAAUAUACAGCACUGACUGUACUCUAAUUGGGUGUCGACAUUCAUGAAGAAAUAUAUAUCCUGAUUCCUGACA